AUGACCUUCUCUACUCGUAGCGGACUCGGUGAGCUGGAUGGAUGCCAUGCGGCUAAUCACGUCUGUUUUAGGGUCGUUCCUAAAAGUCUCAACCAAAGCGAAGGAACCAAGAUCCGGAACAUGCGGUGUCUUGGGUCCCAAGACAGCCCGGGCAUCGCAUCGGAGGCUGAAAACAUCGAACCCGGGUUCUGGGGCGAUGGGUGA